UCUAUUUUCUCCGAUGCCUCCUGGCCUUCCUGAGCUGCGUAUGUGAACUCUACUUCUAUAAGGCUGUGUGCAAGAAGUUUGGACUACAUGUGAGUCGACUGAUGUUGGCCUUCUUAGUCCUCAGCACUGGGAUGUUUUGCUCGUCUGCAGCUUUCCUCCCAAGCAGUUUCUGCAUGUACACCACAAUGAUUGCCAUGACUGGCUGGUAUAUGGAUAAGACCUCUGUAGCUGUGUUGGGGGUGGCCGCUGGAGCCCUUGUGGGCUGGCCCUUCAGUGCAGCUCUUGGGCUUCCUAUUGCCUUUGACUUGUUAAUCAUGAAGCAGAGGUGGAAAAGCUUCCUGAACUGGUGUGUUGUAUCAUUGAUCAUGUUUCUGGUGCCCUUGGUAAUUGUGGACAGCUAUUACUAUGGGAAGCUGGUAGUUGCACCUCUCAACAUUGUCUUAUACAAUGUCUUCACCUCUCAUGGACCUGAUCUCUAUGGUACUGAACCCUGGUCCUUCUAUUUCAUCAAUGGCUUUUUGAAUUUCAACCUGGCAUUUAUUUUGGCCCUGCUUGCCCUGCCACUGACUUGCCUCAUGGAGUGUCUGCUCCAGAAGUUUCAUGUUCAGAAUCUGGGCCGUCCUUACUGGCUGACACUAGCUCCUAUGUACGUUUGGAUCAUGAUUUUCUUCAGUCAGCCCCACAAAGAGGAGAGGUUUCUCUUUCCCAUCUAUCCUCUCAUCUGUCUUUGCGGUGCUGUGGCGCUCUCUGCUCUUCAGAAGUGUUACCACUUCAUAUUCCAGCGUUACCGCUUGGAACACUACACGGUCUCCUCCAACUGGUUGGCUCUGGGGACUAUCUUUCUCUUUGGCCUCUUAUCAUUGUCACGCUCUGUUGCCUUAUUCAGAGGCUAUCAUGGGCCUCUGGACUUAUACCCAGAAUUUCACAGGAUUGCCACUGAUCCAACUAUUCACACUGUGCCAGAGGGGAGGCCAGUUAAUGUCUGUGUGGGAAAGGAGUGGUACAGAUUUCCAAGCAGCUUUCUCCUGCCAGAUAAUUGGCAGCUCCAGUUCAUCCUGUCAGAAUUCAGGGGCCAGUUACCGAAACAAUUUGCUAAGGGACCAAUGGCAACACGGAUCAUUCCCACUGACAUGAACGACGAAAACAGGGAAGAACCAUCUCGAUACAUUGACAUUUCCAAAUGCCAUUAUCUGGUGGACUUGGAUACAGCAACUGAAGCCCCAAGGGAGCCAAGGUAUUCUUCCAACAAAGAAGAGUGGAUCACCAUUGCCUACAAGCCAUUCCUAGAUGCUUCCAGGUCCUCAAAACUACUGCGUGCAUUCUACAUCCCUCUCCUGUCAGAACAGCAUACGUGGUAUGCAAACUAUACUAUUCUGAAAUCCCGGAGGCUGAAGCAAAUCAGGAAAAAAAUGGGAGGCUAGCAACACACCUAGUGAGCAAAAUCAAAAGCGUCCACUGACACUGCUGGACAGUUGCCUAAGGCUUCUUCAGUUCCCUUUUUGAGAGACUGUGCUUGUUAGAUUCACUAAUAAAGUUUUCCCAUGAAGUGAUUUCACUCUGCAAACUUCCAGCUGUAAAAACGGUACGUCAUCUGCUUUCAGUUCUCCAUGUCUGGUCUCCGCUCUGCCUACACAGAACAUACUGGUAAGAAACAGUUUGAAAAUCCAGCAGCCACCUACGAACUAUUAUCUCUGCUGCUCCGUGUCUUGUUAUCUGUUACACUAGAGAAGAGGAAAAUGAAAAAUAACAAGGAAUCAUAGUGUGAGGUUCUGCUCCAGGUUGCAGUCUGGCACUAGGAAAACCCAGCUCCACCCCUCUUUCUCUAAGUCUCUCUACAGUCCUCAUCUGCCUAAUUAGUGCUCACUGAGUAGUGCUUGCUUUCUCCUAGGGAACUUUUCCAGGUAAAAGUAUUAAAGAAAAAUAUUUUAAAGAAGGAGAGGCAGAAACAAAAACAGGGGGAAAAAUAACUGUGAAAUGCACUGAAUCUCAAGGAAUGAGGUAUUCAGUGCCAUGGAGAAACAUCCUAAGGUUGCUCUACCUGGGAGAUACUUUCAAGGAAAAACUUGUGCUUUGGGGGAAAAAGCCCAAAACCUAUGAAUUGUGUCAAUUAUCUGUUUUAAUGAAAUCAGAGUAUUUUUGUUAUCUAUGAUACUGUGAAACAUAGAGCUUUUGUUUGUUAUUCAUAAUUCUUUAAAGAUGCCUAUACCAUCCUUUGAAUUCUGGUCUACAGCAUCUAAGAUUUCCAGAAACAUCCGAAGAGCCGAAAAAAUGUUAAUUAUUCUUCGCAUGGUUCUAUUUCCCAAAUCUACAAGGUAGAGAGUAUACGUGUUCCAUUGAUCCAGUAUGCUCCAGAGCAAUGUUGUGUUUAAUUAUAUCUCCAUUUUUAGAUCAUGUUCUAUUGCAAGCCAGAUGAAGAGGUUUUUUUCUUUUCAUCUACCUCCUUGAUGUUCAUCCUCCUGUGCAGGAACAGGAUGGCAUGAGAUGGAGCUGAGAGGAAGUUCCCUUAUUUGCAAAAAGGCUGCACAAGCUUCGUGUCCCACUCUUACGUCUGUGAAUGCAUUGGUCUGCAUGUGCAGUGACAAAGUGCCAGAGCAGGUGGAUCAGGAAGCAGCCCCUUGAGCCCUGAUUGUGACUCCAGGAACAGCCACUGCUCACAGCAUCUCCUGAUUUUGACUCCCUUGCUUCUUCUUGGAAGAGGAGGAGUUCGCUGUGCAUAGAGUGAUUUGCAAGGAUGACCAUAUGGUGAAGUUGGCCUUUGGAUCUUGCUACUUCUGAAACUUAUAUCUGCAGUUGAUUCUACUAGUCAGGUCAGUAGGUGCUAAUGAGUGAUGUACUUUGGAUACAUAAAACCAGCAAAUAUUGUUAUCAGCCUGUUUGUAAGUACUGUGUUUUGGUGAUAGAGCUCUCAUUAAGGUCUUAAUUCAGCCUUAGGUAAGCCAUAAACAUUAAGCCAAUGUGGUGUUCUUUCUGUUUUUUAUGCUUUCUUGCCUGUGGAGCUUGUUACCAUAGGUAGAAGACACCCUGCAUGCAGGGUUGGCUCAGUUUCCAUCCUAUCAGCACUCUGAACAUUGCAACAACCCUAUUUUCCUGAUCAUGUUUCUCUAGUGAUGUUGAAAGUAUCUCCAUUGUGGUUUGCAGCAGAGUAGAGGAUGUAUCUGUCACCUGUCAGAAAACAUUGUGUGGAACCUCAGAACUGACAAGUGGCUGGAGACAAGCUAUGCUUAAUGGAGGCCAAAGGUUCUGAUUCCCCUUUGCAUUUCAUUAAGGAGGGGUUUUUUUUUUUUUUUUUUAAUGGACUUGUGCUCUAUUGAUAAUACAUCUUAUACGGGGCAAAACGUGAUAAGAGUGAACAGUUCACCUCUGUUGUUUGGGUGAUUAGAGCCUGGGUAAUGCAGUCCUCUUCCCUUUGAUUUAAAGUUGAGGCUUCUGAAUGCAGACUUUGAGGGGACCAUCUGCAGUGUGUAAGCCUUGGCCUUCUGCAGAAAGAUGGAUUUUACUAUGUGCAAAUAUCGCCCCUCCUGACAGCCAGACAUGGCGCUUAAAGGAUUUCAGCCAAGCAAUUGAUAUCUUUUGGUGAGUUGGCCUGGAAGGUCAGAGUCACAUUACAGAUUAACAUUGUGGUGUCUGUGUUUGUGUUAUUCCCCUAUAUCCCUCAAGCUGGCUCUCCUCCUCCUGAAAGUUUACAUGUGUUGAACAGGCCUCUACAAUGGUGAAUCAGAAUCAAAACUCUUGUCCUCCUUGUUGCCACUCCCCUUGCUCAUCAGUGACUAUAAAUUGAAUAAACGCAAUUAAAGAACCA